AUGUCGCAUAAUAGCAAUGGCAAUAGCAAGAACAUCUUGCUGGUAGGGCAGAUUUACCAAGAUACCAUACUCCAUGUUGCCAAAUUUCCAGAGGAAGAUACGAAACUUCGAGCAAGCAAUGCUGAACAAAGAACAGGAGGCAAUACAUGCAACACAGCAAAAGUACUGGCUCAGUUUGAUGAUAUCAAUGUGUGUUACAUGUCUGCUGCCGGAUCCCGUGAAACAUCCAGUCAUAUUAUGGAAUCACUGCAAGACCAAGGCAUUGCAACCAAUGAUACCACGCUCUACAGGGAUGACAAAAUGCUGCCAUCAUCCAUCAUUAUUCACAACCAAGAAUCAGGUUCAAGAACUAUCAUCUCCAACAAUGAUCUAACAGAUCUAACCUAUGAAGAAUUUGUGCAAGUGUUUACUGGAAUCAACAACAACAACCAGUGGUGGGUUCACUUUGAAGGUCGCAAUAUCGGUCAAACCAUCCAGCAGAUUGACUGGCUCAACAACAAAGCAUUGGAGGAACAUUGGAGGCAUGAUUUGACAAUCUCAGUCGAGGUGGAGAAGCCCGAGCGAGAGAAUAUUGAUUUAUUGAUUGAACGGGGAGAUGUCGUCUUUUUUUCUAAAAUAUACGCUCAGCAUCAUGAAUUCACCGAAGCGCAUUCAUUCUUGACUGAAUCACCGUUACUGCAGCAAAAGUUGAAGCCGAGUGCAAUCGCAUUUUGUACAGACGGCUCCAAAGGCGCCUCUGCACUUGAUAACAAAACAAAACACACAUAUCAAGCGACACCACCCACUAUUGAAAAAGUGAUAGAUACUGUAGGUGCAGGAGACACUUUCAAUGCUGGCAUUAUUCUGCACCUAUCGCGGCACACGCCUUGGAAGAUGGCAGAUGCCUUGGAGUUUGCUUGCAACUUGGCAACAAGAAAAGUAGCACAACAAGGAUUUGAUCGUUUAGCAGCCAUCUGA